AUGGGAGAUUCUUUAGAUGACCAAAACACAGAUGUAUCAGAAUCAAAUUUUUUUUCUAUUGAAAAAACUAAUUGUAUUGAUGAAAAUGAUUUACUAACACUAAAAAAUGACAAGAGGAUAUCAGAGGCUGUUUUAGAAAUGUUUAAUCGUAAUUUAGGUCUUAAUUCUAGUAUUUCACAUUUUCUAUGGAAAAGUAAUUUUGAUAAAAUUUCCUACAUUAAAAUGAGGAAUCAAAAAUCACAUAAAGGGACAGGUAAACAAUUAAGAAGUACAAAAGAAGUGGAAGAAGAAGAAAUUAAUGAGUUUCAGUAUAAAAAUAUUGCUCAAAUAAGAAUCAAGGAUAGAUCAUUAUCAUCAAGUUCAUGUUAUGAUGUAAAAUUUUUUAAAUCAUUUGAAGGUGAACCAGAAUGUUUUAUAACAGCAUGUAAAAAUAAAAUUUUUGUAUAUAAAAUUGGAAAUAGGGAAAGAGUUAGUGAGGUUGUUCAUAUUGGAACAAUUGCAUCAGGAAAUGAGGAUGAAGAAUUUUUUGCCUUAAAUGUAGGUUGUAUUGAGAAUAAUACUAGGAGAAUAAUUGUAGCUGGUGGAACAUGUAAAGUUGUUCAAGUUUACCGUGCUACUGAUGGUAUUUUAAUGCAUAAUUUAUAUGGACAUUCAGAAUAUAUUAGUUCUAUAAAAUUUUCACCUAUUGAUCCUGAAAUAAUUAUAACAGCAUCAGGUGAUGUAACAUGCCGGAUGUGGAAUAUUAAACAUGGUGUUGCUAUUGCUUGUUUUAGUGGUGCUUUUGGACACCAUUAUGAUGUGUCUGAUUGUGAUUUUUCUUUGUGUGGAAAUUAUAUAGCAACAGUGGGAAAAGAUUAUAAAGCUUUGUUAUGGGGAAUUAAUAAUGAUGAAAAUUCUGUUUCAAUGAAAUUUCCUAAUUUCUCUAAAGAUAGUGUAUUAUAUCAAUUUAAACUUCCUGAAUUUACAAAACCUUUAAAAGAAUUAAAAUUAGAACAAAAAUUAGAAAAAUGCAAAGAAGAAAGUGUAACAAGUAAUCUUCGGGAUGAUGGUUCUGUUAGUCGGACGACAUUUAGAAGAUUUCCAAUUGCUGUUAAUCAAAUUCUUCACUCAACCAUUAUUGAUAGUGUACGUUUUUUUAAAGAUUAUUUAAUUACAAAAGAUCAAACAAAUAUUAUAAAAAUGUGGAAAUUUGGAUCUCCAACAAAUGGAAUACAUGGUUCAGGAAAUAUUUUAAAUGCUGAAACAAGAUAUUUUGUUCUUAAAGAUUUUAUAUUACCAUCACCAUCAGAUACAUGGUAUAGAAAAAUUUCAUUAAAUAAAAAAUGUAAUAUUCUUGCUGUACCUACUCAGGAAGUUGCAAUUUUAGAUCACAAAUUUGGGAAAUUAAAACAAAUUGAAGUACGAAAUAUAGCUUUUAGUAAUAACUCUAAUUAUAUUGUGUCAGUUGGUGACAAUCAUACAAUUAAUGUUUUUAAAAAAAUAAAAAAAAAUAUAUAA